AUGCCGGAUUUCGGGUCGACCGCCCUAAACAAUGCCUCGGGCAACAACCCCAGCACCCCGCAUACCCAGAUCGAUCUCACACAGUUGUUCUUGGCGGGAUUGGACGCGAAUUCGUUGGCCGCCGGCAACCAGUUCCGGAAUCUCUUCCAGAUGAACCAGUUGGCGCAGAUCUCGGGCGGAUCCCCGUCACCCGCCUCUUCAGCACCCUCUUCCGCUUCUGAGAGCCAACCGACCACAACGCAGCCUGGCGGCCAAUCCGCCGACACCGCCACCCCUCCAGCCACAGCUGAAGCUCAAGUGACACAGGGUGGACCGGUGCCCAGCUGGUUCUCCGCGAUGCUACCGCAACCACAUGCCAUGCAGCAACAGAUGCCCGGCAACAUGUCCGCCCUGAUGGAGCAGUUCGGCCUCCCCGGCCUCCUCGGCCAGAACCCCCUGGCGUUGGCCGCCGCCCUCGGCGCCACCCCCAACACCCCCACAUCGGCCAACUCCCUCUUUGGCCAGAUGACGUCGCCACAAAAGGAGCUCUUCUGCGACGUCUGCGAGAAGUCGUUUUUCAACCGCGACUUCUUGAAGACGCACAUGCGCAACAAGCACGGAGUGGAUGUUGACAAUGAGACGCCGAAGAAGAGCGGCAGCCCGAAGCAGCCGAAGACUGCCUUCCCCUUCAUCCCCGCGUCAACCUCAGCGGGUCCAGCCCACUCGGUGAUUGUCGGGCACGGAAAUGACGAGACGCCGAAGAAGAUCGCCAAGAUGGAGACCAACGAGGAGGAGGACAACUCGCUCAAGAACCCGAUGGAGGUGCUGCUCUCCCAGAUGCACAAGGGCCAACAGGGGCAGGGGUCAAGUUGCGACGAGUGCGGAAGGGAAUGCGCCACGUUCUUCGACCUGCUCGCCCACAGAGCCCAGGAACACAGUGGAGACAAAGAAAACCCGACGUUCCGAUGCGGCGAGUGCCCGGAGAUGUUCGACAGCCAGGAGACGUUACACCAGCACGGCCAAAUCGCCCAUGGAGGUGCCGCCCGGCAACUCCUCAACAGCCUCCUCCCGCCGGGAUUCCCCAACUUCCUCCCCAAUUUCUUGCCCCCGGGCAUGGGAGCCCAAUUUGGGCUCGACGGCUUGGAUCCGAACAACCCGCUGGCCGCACUUCAGCAAGGCACAAAACCGAGCACGGGUGGAAGCGCGCAGAAGCGGACGUACGCGAGCAAUGGGAAGAACUACUGCGAUUUGUGUAACAAGGAGGUCUGCAACAAGUACUUCUUGCGCACGCACAUGCUGAAAAUGCAUGGCAUCGUCAUCGACGAGAACAAGAUGGUCAUCGCCAACAUUGACACGGCCGAGAAGGAGCGGAUGGGCGGCAUCACUUUCCGAUGCGACAUCUGCAUGGUCGAGCUGAAAUCACGCAACCUGCUCCGGCAACACAAGCAGGACCAGCAUGGCGUGGCCCCGAUCUCCACACCCCAGCGCCCCCAGAAGCCGCCACAGCCAACAACGCCUACCACCACCCAUAUGCCGGCGAUGCAACCGCUCGGACAGUUGAAUGGCUCCCCGGUCUUUGACCAGCUGUUCGAGAAGUGCUCGGUGUGCGAGAAGCGCGUCCACAUCGCCGCCCUGCCCCAGCACAUGGCCCACGAACACCCCCCAGACAUCUCCCAGCAAUUGUUGGCGCAUUUCAAGGGCUUCAUGCAACAAUCGCCGAUGGCGGAGCUGAUCCCGUGCAAAUUCUGCCCUCAGCGCUUCAAGGAGGAGGGCGAGGUGCAGAUGCACAUGAUCAGCCAACACGCCGCGGAGUUGCUGUCUGCACAUGCUGGAGAGCUGAAGAGAUGCGAAGAACCCGGCGUGGAACGUUGCCCCCAAUGCCCAUAUCAAACCAAAAAUCCCCGAAACAUGGAGAUCCACAUGGAACGCCACGAGCGCCUCAACGAGGUCAAGGAGGGCGACGGGGACGACGAGGCGCUGACCAUCACGCAGCAGGCCGCCUUGAAGAUGGUCCAGAUGAAUCAUUUCCCCGCUGCAUUCACCGCUGCUGCUCCUCCCCCACCGGUAGUUGUCGUUCCUCCAAAAGCUGCCGAGAAGCUGGUAUGCGACAUCUGCGACCGGUCCUACAGCCGGCUGGAGCUGCUCGAGUCUCACCAGAGGGUCAUGCACUCGAAGAGCGACGCGUUGAAGAUGAUGCGCAGCGAGAUGAAGUCGUUGCGGCCGAUGAAGAAUGUCCGGAAACUACGUCUACCCUGGAGCUUCAACCGGGCGCGGCUACACGUCGACACCCGGAAUCGGCUGCGCCCCGAGGAGAAGAAGAGCGACGCCCACCCCCACGUCGAGGGACAUAGCCAUACGUCCGGCUCCGUGUCCCCAUCCGGCGGCAGUCUUCCCGAGGGCUUUGCUCGCCCUCAGAAUACGACACAAUCCUACGUGAUGCAGUCGUUCGUGAUCCGCGAGAAUGACGCCUCCAAAUCCGGGGCCUUUCCGAACGAGCUGCUCUGCCACCUUCCCGUCCGCGUCCCCCUCACCACGCCACUGUCCGUCACCUUCGAGCUGGUCCCCCAAAACCCGGAGCCGAGCCCAACCGGCUAC